GUCUGAACUUUAACAUUAAAAUGUAUACGGCUCUAGUGCCGUUUUGGGUGUGAUUUAAAUACGCUCUCCCGAUUAAUUAUAGAGUCGAAUAAAUCGAAUAAAAUCGUCUACCCGCGACUCGCGUUAGGUAAUGACCAUAUUUCUAAUUAGAGAUCAGAUGGAAUAUCUGCUUUGAAUGUUCGUCUUCUAAAAUUAAAUAUCGUGUGACAGUUUCUAAAAAAAUCAAUGUGAGCGGCUACUGCGCUCCUUCUACCUCUCGUGCAAUGUCUAGCAAUGCGCAUAACUGACGACACGCAGAUAUUACGGUCUCCGUUGAAAUUCCGUGUUCAUCGUAAGGUUUUUUUAUCGACAUUUGCCAUAAAGAAGAAAUUGCGAUCGAAAAUGCAAUAAACUAACAACAAAUUAGGGUAUUAAAAAUACGUGAAUGCCUUCGUUUGGCGCGGAAUGUCGUCUACUGAUGAAGACGUCCACCACAACAACACCAUUGUUCGCGACCCAUGUCUCGAUCAUCGAAGGUAUUGGUGUUUUCUUCUAUCGUCUAUUUGUACGUUUCUCGCGGGAUUGCUUAUCGUGCUCGUAUGGAGGUUGUUCGCGUUCUUGUGCUGCAGAAAGGAGGCCGAAUUGGGACCCAAUGAUCCCAAACAGAAGGAGCAAAAGGCCGCCAGGGGCAAGCAGGAGUUCGAGGGUACUUUCAUGACAGAGGCUAAGGAUUGGGCCGGGGAGUUGAUAUCAGGACAAACUACGACAGGACGAAUUUUGGUUGUCCUAGUGUUCAUUUUAAGCAUAGCUUCGUUAAUAAUUUACUUCAUAGAUGCCUCAAAUGAAGGAGUCGAGCGUUGCCAAGAAUGGAGCGACAAUAUUACUCAACAAAUCGACCUUGCCUUCAACAUAUUUUUUAUGGUCUAUUUUUGUAUAAGAUUUAUAGCUGCAAGCGACAAAUUAUGGUUUAUGUUGGAGAUGUACUCAUUCGUAGAUUAUUUCACAAUUCCACCAUCGUUUGUGUCUAUAUAUUUGGAUCGAACCUGGAUAGGGCUUCGUUUCCUGAGAGCUCUCCGUUUGAUGACCGUACCGGAUAUUCUUCAGUACUUAAACAUCUUGAAAACAUCCAGUUCCAUUCGUUUGGCUCAACUGGUGUCUAUUUUUAUAUCGGUAUGGUUGACGGCAGCGGGCCUUAUACAUUUGUUAGAGAACUCCGGCGAUCCAUUGGAUUUCGAUAAUCCGCAUCCGCUAUCGUACUGGACAUGCGUCUACUUUCUCAUCGUUACCAUGUCGACAGUAGGAUACGGGGAUGUCUUCUGCCACACCGUGCUGGGAAGGACAUUUUUAGUUUUUUUCCUUCUGGUCGGUUUGGCGAUAUUCGCGAGUUGUAUCCCCGAAAUCAUUGACUUGAUUGGGACUAGACCGAAAUACGGCGGCUCCUUGAAGAACGAGCGAGGUCGAAGGCAUAUAGUGGUUUGCGGGCACAUUACCUACGAAUCGGUGUCCCAUUUCCUCAAGGAUUUUCUUCACGAAGAUAGAGAAGAUGUAGACGUGGAAGUCGUUUUUUUACAUCGGAAACCGCCGGACCUUGAACUGGAAGGUCUAUUCAAGAGACAUUUCACUACUGUACAAUUCUUCCAAGGUACCAUUAUGAACCCUAUUGAUCUGCAAAGGGUCAAGGUGCACGAAGCGGACGCGUGUCUGGUACUAGCAAACAAGUACUGCCAAGAUCCAGACGCCGAAGACGCCGCCAAUAUAAUGAGAGUAAUUUCAAUAAAAAAUUACAGCGACGACAUUAGGGUGAUCAUUCAAUUAAUGCAAUACCACAAUAAGGCUUACCUGUUGAAUAUACCUUCUUGGGAUUGGAAACAAGGCGAUGAUGUCAUCUGCUUGGCGGAACUCAAAUUAGGAUUCAUUGCUCAAUCGUGUUUAGCUCCAGGUUUCUCAACUAUGAUGGCGAAUUUAUUUGCAAUGCGCUCUUUCAAAACGUCACCGGAUACUCAGGUGUGGCAAAACGACUAUCUCCAGGGCACAGGUUGUGAGAUGUACACAGAAACGUUAUCCACAUCUUUUACCGGGAUGUCUUUUACUCAAGCCAGCGAAUUAUGCUUUACGAAGCUGAAACUUCUCCUGCUCGCUAUAGAAGUGAGAGGAGUCGAAGGAGCCGAUACGAAGAUAUCGAUAAAUCCGAGAGGAGCGAAAAUCGUUGCGAAUACUCAGGGAUUUUUUAUUGCACAAUCCGCGGACGAGGUCAAGAGAGCCUGGUAUUACUGUAAAGCUUGUCACGAGGAAAUCAAAGAUGAGACUUUAAUAAAGAAAUGCAAAUGCAAAAAUUUUACAGCAUACAAAUUUUCAAUUUGGAAUAUGCAGAAAAGGAUAAAAAAAUGUAGUGGGCCGACUGACUUUACAUUUACAGAUGACCAUCAUCCUGCUCCCACUUUUACACCGCCAGAGUUGCCCAAGAGAGCUCAUAAUAAUCAAGUGGCCCAAAGAAAUCUCAGUCAUCGAAACAGUACAAUUAACAUGCCAAACAUGAUCAAUUCCAUGAAGCAAGUGAACAAGGUGAAGCCGAACGUUGCCAGAACCAAUGAAAAUAUGGCAUCGCCGGAAUAUAAUUCCAGACCACCAGAGCAAGAGACUGCAUCUUAUGCCGGCUAUCACCUAGCCUAUGAAGUGAAAAAACUCAUGCCGACCAGCCGGAGUAGCGGCGGGAACAACCAGAACAACAACGGUGUUGCUUUACCCGUCGGUUUAGCCGACGAUCAAGCCAAAGAUUUUGACUUCGAGAAAACUGAAAUGAAAUACGACAGCACCGGAAUGUUCCACUGGGGACCCGCGAAGAAUCUAGAAGACUGCAUAUUGGAUAGGAAUCAAGCGGCAAUGACAGUAUUAAACGGGCACGUGGUUGUUUGUCUAUUCGCCGACCCAGAUUCACCAUUAAUAGGUCUAAGGAACUUAGUCAUGCCUUUGAGGGCCAGCAAUUUCCACUACCACGAGCUCAAGCACGUCGUGAUAGUAGGUUCGGUGGAUUACAUCCGAAGGGAAUGGAAGAUGCUGCAAAAUCUACCGAAAAUAUCCGUGCUGAACGGUUCUCCGUUGAGCAGAGCCGAUCUGCGGGCGGUCAACGUGAAUUUGUGCGACAUGUGCUGCAUCUUAUCGGCCAAGGUGCCCAGCAACGACGAUCCCACGUUGGCCGAUAAGGAGGCCAUCCUGGCAUCGUUGAACAUCAAAGCGAUGACCUUCGACGACACCAUAGGCGUUCUGAGCCAGGCUAAUGGCAACAACGAAGCCGGCACGCCCGUCGGCAGUCCCAUCAUUCUCCAACGAAGAGGAUCCGUUUACGGAGCGAACGUACCUAUGAUCACAGAAUUGGUGAACGACAGCAACGUUCAAUUUCUGGAUCAAGACGACGACGACGAUCCAGACACGGAAUUGUACCUGACGCAACCGUUCGCUUGCGGUACCGCCUUCGCUGUCAGCGUAUUAGAUUCUCUAAUGUCAACUACGUACUUCAAUCAAAAUGCCUUAACACUAAUUAGAUCUCUAAUAACCGGCGGGGCUACGCCCGAACUCGAACUGAUCCUGGCCGAAGGAGCUGGAUUGCGCGGUGGCUACAGCACCAGCGAUAGUUUGUCCAAUAGAGAUCGCUGCAGAGUGGGACAAAUAUCCUUGUACGACGGGCCUCUGGCGCAAUUCGGCGAGGCCGGUAAAUACGGCGAUUUAUUCGUCGCCGCUCUCAAACAAUUCGGAAUGUUGUGCAUCGGACUUUAUAGAUUUAGAGACACGAGUUCCUCAUGUGAUGCUAGCAGUAAAAGAUAUGUGAUAACUAAUCCCCCGGACGAUUUCCAUUUAUUACCAACGGACCAGGUGUUCGUUUUGAUGCAAUUCGAUCCUGGUAUGGAGUACAAGCAAGUUAGGAAUCGAAUGGCUACCGGUCAGGGUAGCGGUACAGGCGGUGGAGGAACGAAUAAAGAUGAGAAUUCUUGACUGCUGCUUUGCAGCGCCCUCACCGACGGUCCCUACUCGUAUAUUUAGUAGUAACUUAACAAAAUGAAAGCCCGCUUGCAGGGAUGCAGGAAUUACCCGAUGGAGCUGGCACAGGAGCACAAACGUUGGCGGUAAUUUCUGGAUAUUUUCACAUUUUGGUUGCCAUUUGACCGCUUUCGAAUGUUUAAAUGUAAUAGUAGAAGAAAGGCUACACAAAUUAAUAGCAUAACGUUUUACAAUUAUAAUUGUAUAAGUACUUAAAAUGAAUGUAUUAUAUAGUUGUGAUAAAAAUAUAAUGUAAUUAAGCCUGAGAAUAUUAUGGUGCUCAUUAUGCUGCUGUAAUGCAAUUACAAAGUAGGUAAUGUGUGGCUUAAAGUCACCGAUAAUUUUCGUAUAAAUACAGGGAAAAUUUUAUUUCGAUUUAACAGAACGUGGUAACCAAAAUGUUAAAUAAAUGUAUAAAUAAUCUCUGAUAUAGAUGAAUUUGAAUCUACCCUUAUCAGAUCAAGUUAUUGCACUGAAACUUUUUCGGAAAAAUUUGUUCACGUAGAAAAAAAAACGCCGGCGAGUUUGUUUUAUAAAAAUUUUUUAGGAACGAAUUUUUCCGAAAAACAUACUAAAUCAUUGUGAUUCAGAUUUUUUAACAAAUAAUUAUAUAAAUGAAUACAAAUAAAUAUAUUGAUUGUUUAAUAUUUAAUAUAGAAAUACUUCAUAAGCAAUGCAAUGACAAUUCAUCGAUUAAAUUGGAUAGUUCUCAUUUUUUUAUUAAUCUAACUAGUAUAGACUUUAAGAAACGACUCGUGAGAAAAAUAACACUAAAAAAUCUAAUUUAAGCACUAAAAUUUUACAAUGUCCGGUUACGCUGGCAUUUCGACCAUUCCGCAAGCUUUCUAAACAAUUAUUCGAAGGACUAUCCAAUUUGUAAAUGCAUCAGCCUUGUUAGAUGAUCGUAUAUAUCAGAAUAAUCGCACCCGCCAUUCCGUCUUUUUCCAAUUUUUUAUUAUAGGGCCCCCGCUUAUUAAAGAAAACUUUUUAUCAUUCGAUAAUUUAGACGAACAAGUCUGUAAAUACAUUUUAAAUAUAAAACACACUAAAAAAAUGGAAAGAAAUGUUUAGCUUAAUGUGUAUGUAUUAUAAAGAAAACAUUGUUAUGUAGUAAGGCUAUACAUUUUAAAUUUUAAGUGACUUUUAUUGUUAUUUUUACAAGGUGUUCAAGAAUAAACCGGGAAAUUGUUUCGAUAUAUCGUCGAUUUUUAGCGUUAAUUUGAUAAUAGUGAUUGAUGUUGGGGAUUUUUAAUGAACUUUCUCUAGUAUUGUAGGUUAAGACUAUUUUUUAAAGUCAUCUACAAUACUUAUUGUUGGAUUUUCCUUGAACACUUUUGUAAUUUCUCAAAUUUAUAGUGCCCAACGAAUGUUUAGGUUUGUUGAUAUGUCGACGCAUGUACAUUUUUUAUAUUAAAAAGGAUAUUUUUUGCAAUA